GAGAGGUAGAGAGAGACAGAAUCAAGGUGAACGAGAGAGAGAGAGCUGGGGACAUCUCCCCCUCUCUCCCUCGACCCAAUCCACCGACAGUCUGGCUGGGGCAGCCAUGGCCUUCACCUUUGCAGCCUUCUGUUACAUGCUAACACUUGUGCUGUGUGCUGCACUCAUCUUCUUCGUCAUCUGGCAGAUCAUUGCGUUCGACGAACUGCGCACAGAUUUCAAGAACCCCAUCGAUCAGAGCAACCCUACCAGAGCGAGGGAAAGAAUACUGAACAUUGAGAGGAUCUGCAACCUUCUAAGGAGGCUGGUGGUUCCAGAAUAUUCCAUUCACGGCCUGUUCUGUCUCAUGUUCAUGUGUGCGGGGGAGUGGGUCACACUGGGCCUCAACAUCCCUCUGCUCUUCUAUCAUCUCUGGAGGUUCUUUCACCGGCCAGCAGAUGGCUCGGAGGUCAUGUACGACCCAGUCAGUGUGAUGAAUGCAGAUAUUCUGAAUUACUGUCAGAAAGAGUCUUGGUGCAAACUGGGAUUCUACCUUCUCUCUUUCUUCUACUACCUGUACAGUAUGGUCUACGCUUUGGUAAGCUUCUAAUCAAUGAGGCCAAAUGGAGAACAGUGACAAGGAGUACAAGAGGAACCUUAACAAAGAAAGUGCAAUGUAACACCUUCUCUCUCAUCCACCCAUUUCUUCAGAACAGACUCGCUUCACCCUCUACCACAAUCUGGUAGGGAAGAAUGAAGGAACCUAGAAACACACAGAUAGAGAAGCAGUUAGUAGUUGCUAGUAGUCACUGCAAUCCAAAACAGAGGAAUAAAGCGAGCACAUGCCAGAGAGAGCGUGAGAAACAGGCAGGCUCUAGCAGCACUGAUGUUUCGUCAAUAGAGUUUCAAUUCUCAAGGGCUGCUGAACAUCACUGCUGCUCAGAGCAAUGUGAGGAAGCAUAAGUUUGAAGAAGUAGGUGAAUAAAUAAAAGCCCCAUUAUCUCUGUUAUCAUUGACUUUUAGAAAUUAUGCAUUUAUGUUAUAAUGUCCUUUCAUUUACAAAACUCAAUUGUGUGGAAAGAUACACUUGUAUAGUUAAAGUGCUAAACAUUUGGUAUUUCAGUAAAGUAUUUGUGAUAGAUUAUUUUAAAGCUGCCUGAUAAGUAGAAAUUGAGUAUAAUAUCAAUCAAUUUAUUAUAUAGUUCAGUUGUUGUAUUUCAAUCCAGGGUAGUACUACUAGAGUUCUUACAAUAAAGAAAAUCAUAUAUUUAUACGUAGAAAGAGAUAGUGAUGUUUACACAGACUCUCCAAGCAAAUCAACCAAUGAAACGAGAAAUCACACAGGCCGGAAAAAACUGUUUGAACUGCGGGACUUUUAUAGGAAUGACUAUAAUAAUUAUAAGAGCCAAUGCAUUGGUUCAAGCUGUCAGGGGCUGUACAUGUACAUAAUAUAUCUGGCAGCCUUAGGCAGGAAUGCACCUCUAUAUCACUGUGGGGACCAAGCUGUUCCUCUGUGAAACUCCUAACUGAGAUGGACAUGCAAGACAAGCCAUUGCUGUUGUUCUCUGAUCAUUAAGAUGCUUUUCGAAGGACAAUGUAACUAAACUGUGUGGUGUGACAAGGAAAUGAGUGUCAAAUGCAAAGUGCUGAGAAGUAUAAUGUAAAAUAGGGAGCAUGAAAUGUAUAGAUGUGCCGAAGAUGAUUAUGGCGAUAACGAAGCCACUGAUGAUGCUGCUGGCAACACUGAUCAUGAUGUGAUGACAUCAGACCCGGGUACAGCAACAACAUCCACACUCUGCUGGAGGCCAUGCAGUGCAGUGUAGAUCUUCUGCUCCCCUCAUCCCUGAUUGGUCCUGCUGUUGCUUCCGACAACCCUGAUUGGUCCUGCUUCUGUUUCCCUCAGCCCUGAUUGGUCCUGUGUGGGAACCAGGCACCUCUUUUAGCUCCAGCACCAUCAGUGUCAGAAGUUUUACUUGUCUACUAAGAGAUUAAUACUGAUUAUCUGCUGGAAGCACCAGAUGGGAAUAACAGUUUCAGAGGUAGUUAUCACAGUGGAGAUGGCUUAACACUCCCAUUCUCUCUCUCUCUCUCUCUCUCUCUCUGUCUCUGUCUCUCUCUCUCUCUC